UCGUUGACACUUGGAGUAAACGUAGAUAUAGAAUGGGUAUUAAAGUUUGUUGUGUUUUUAAUGAAUUAUUAACGAUACAGUGUUUACGUAAAUUACGCAGAUAGGAGCUCCCCAGGUAUCGAUCAAACAGCCGAGGAAAACGAAACGUAGCCGGUUCAGUGAAACACGUUCCAGCAAUUGCUGUUGAGGGUUCAAGAUGGAGAAUUCGCGAAAAGAAGUGAUCAAGAGAGUAGUGGUAGAGUGCAGGGCGCGAGAUGUCCAUGCUACCAGGGAUUUAGCUUCGUUUCUGGUUACCCUAUUUCAACUGAAUCCUGAACACGAAAUCAAAGCUGAUGACGAAGAGCACAAUGAGCGGAUCGUCGAAGCGAUCGUGAAGAAAAUAUCGGAUCAAGAGAGCACAAGUUUGACGAUACUGAAAAGUCAAUUGUACUACGCGAAACAUUAUCGAGACAGAGAUGAAACAGUCAGACGCCACAGAUUGCGUCUACACCAGAAAACCGGUCCAAUGGUGGCGGAAAUCUGUGAGACGGAGAGGCUGACCAAUAAACAAGACUCCGAAAGGUUGUACCAGAAGAUGUUGGUGGUCAUCACGGUUCUCAGCGGUCUAGGCAAUCCUACGGUGCCCUCGGUGCUCCGAGAGGUCUCGGUAGCGCUUCAGAGUGUCUUCCAGCCGUCCGAGCUAGAAGCGUACGUGAAAAUGUCGAAACGCGAGAAGGAGGAGCAAUUGAUGGAGCUGAUGUGCAUAGUCGCCGGGAUACGUUUGUUCAACAGGGAUUGCCAGCGGGGCGGAGAAGGCAUCGACGAUCUGCCAGUUAUUCUGCAAGAAGCCGUAAAGAAGAGCCACGAUUCCGUCGUGGACUUGCUGGAGCGGCUGAUGUUGAAGAUUUACAGGUUCACCGCAGCCGUGGAGAAAACGAUUUGCUACUGGGAGGUGUUGCCGUUCGGCGUUUUCACCGUAGAGAAUCUGCACUGGCUGAUCGGGAUGCUGGCUGCCUGCCGGCAGCAAGAAAUCUACGUCAGGAAAGUGUUAAGCGACGUGGAACGCUGCGAGAAGGAGCUACAAUCUCUCAUGGAACGUCUUCAGGGUCGUCUGUUCAAGAUCCACGACACCGUAAGAUACAGGACCGCCAUCCCCACCGUCCAAGUAUACCCGCAAUUCAUCGACCUAGCCGACAUAUGGAUGGGUCUCCAGGACGAGGUGAUUAUAUUGAGCAGUAUCAACAACUUUCUAUGGGAACUGCAGAACCUGAAUACGAGGACGGUCAACGUGUUCAACGAGGCGGUGCUCAACGACAUGCUAACCAAGGGCAGCGUCCCGACGGAUGCGGAGAGAUUGGAACAGUCAAUGGGCGAAUUGAUAACCGAGUGCGGCAAGUGCGCCCUUUAUUACCCAGACACCACCAAGGACUUCGAGAACAUAAAUCUCGAGUUUCUAGGAUUUUGCGCGUGGACGUUCGCCCUCGUGCAGGGAGCGCUGAUCCCGGGAAAUCCGAAUAACGGAGUCGCUAAGUGGAAAGGAAAAUAUUAUGUGUUCAGCUCGAGAAAGGCGGCCAGGCAGUUCGGAGAGGAUCCGGACAGGUACAUUUACGGGGCGCUCGACUUCAUACGGCAUCAUCCGGAGUACGUGUACUUGUUCCAAGUGUUCGACGACGUUCAAGCGCUGAAAGCAGAGAAGCUGGUAUCGGACAAGGGAGCCCAACUGAAGAUGUGCCAGACGCAAACCGUUCAAACGGACACCCACAUUCUUCCUCCUACUAUCGAUAAGGAUUAUUCUUCGAAUAUUUGGGAUUUACGGAGAAGAGCACUGAACUUGGCAACUGUGAGUCGAUGCGUCACACGCAGCACGCAAACGGAUAAGUCCAACUUCCGAUACGGCGUAUACGUUCAAGCUGCUCCACCUCGAAACAAAGAAGUGCAAACUAGGAGAGACAACUACACGAACACGAAGAAACUACUGACAUACACCUUUGGUUUACGGGGCAGACGUGAUGACGAUCAACAUAUUCUUUCCUUCUUGGAAGACGAACUCGAGCAUUUGUGA